CAACCAUAAAAAUAUAUAACCGAUUAACUUACAAAGCAAAAUAUUAAAAGAAUUCUAAAAAAAAGCGUCUGCUUUACUGCUACCUGAUUAAAAGCGUGUAAUCGCAACUCAUUGCAUUGAAUUUGUUGUUUAUAGUCUGAAAUUGGAGAAAAAUUUUAGUAUUUAUUGUUAUUGCGCUGCAUACUGUUGGAUUCGCAAAUACAAAUGGAAAUUUAUCACAUUUACGGUGCUACUCUUUGUGUUUAUGACUGUGCUCGAAGGUGCUUGACAAUACCAUAAAACAAUAUAAAAAUAGCUACAACAACUAAAUAAUAUAUUUUUGCUUUCUAACGCAUAAAAAAGUGAAAAUUUUUUAUGCGCCACAUAUGAAUAAUAAAUAUUUUAUAACCGCUUUAAAAGAAAACUGGAUUUUCCCUUAGUCAGAGCCAAACUGAGGAGACAUCAUUAAAAGUAUCUCGUUGCAUCAUUGUAUACAACGCACACACAUUUAAAACAGCUAAUCAAAACAGCUAUAAGUAAAACUAGUUGCUUUGGCCUAGUAGAGUGUCUGCGGUGGUGGUGGUGGUGGCGUGGUAGCUGUUGGUCAAUGUUGCGCAUCGACGCCACCUUAAGCUCUGCUGGCUGGAUUCACCCACUUGCAAAAUUCUUGCUGUAGCAGCUGCCUCCAAAAAGCAUAACUCAAGAAGAAAUAAAACCAGUUUUGUUUUUGGCAAUUAAUCGAAUUUAAUAUCUUGAUUGCUUUCUCGCUCACGCAAAUUUAUUGGAUGCGCGACAGCUGUCAGAGAAUCUUCCAAUACAAAUUUUUCGAGAUGAAUUCUACCAAUCAAUUGGACAAUUUGGCCGAAACGGAAUGGCUGGAAGAAUUAUUAAGAGAAGUACAAUUGGAACAAUUUCUAGAGCGGAUACGUGAUGAUCUACAAGUGACCCGAUUAGCUCAUUUUGAUUAUGUGCAACCGGAAGAUCUAGAACGUUGUGGUUUGGGUAAACCAGCCAUUCGUCGUUUAAUGGAAGCAGUGCGUAAGAAAAAAGCUCAUCAAUGGCGUAAAAAUAUUUUAUCGAAAUUGAUUGGCGGUGGCAAGCAGCCUUCAUCAAAGAAAUCAUCUUUAAAUGCAAGCAAAGAACAACAGAAUACUCAACUUACCUGCCUCAUACAUGAAAAAGAUAUUACUCUGGGUAGUAAAUUGGGCGAUGGAUCUUUUGGUGUGGUAAUGAGAGGGGAAUGGUUAGCGGCUCCCAAUGGUCGUUGUAUUCCAGUGGCAGUUAAAGUACUAAAGGCUGAUAAUCUUACCCAACCUGGCAUUAUUGAGGAUUUCUUUCGUGAAGUUCAAGCCAUGCAUGCCUUGGAUCAUUCUAAUUUAAUACGCUUGUAUGGCGUCGUUUUAUCACAACCUAUGAUGAUGAUAACUGAGUUGGCGGAGCGUGGUUCGCUUUUGGAUACUUUACGCAAACAGGAUAAGCAUACACCCUUGACUAUCAUAUGGAAUUGGUCGGUGCAAAUUGCAACAGGUAUGGCUUAUCUAGAACAGAAGCGUUUUCUACAUCGUGAUCUUGCCUGUCGGAAUGUAUUGUUGGCGUCGGGAAAUAAAAUUAAAAUUGGCGAUUUUGGCUUAAUGCGUGCCCUGCCGCAAGAAGAUGAUUGCUACGUUAUGUCAGAGCAUAAAAAAGUUCCAUUUCCCUGGUGUGCACCGGAAUCGUUGCGUUAUCGUCAAUUUUCGCAUGCAUCCGAUACGUGGAUGUUCGGUGUUACUUUAUGGGAGAUGUUCACAUUUGGUGAGAAUCCUUGGGCGGGUUUAAACGGUUCUCAGAUACUACGUAAAAUUGAUCGAGAAGGAGAACGUUUACAUCAUCCCGAGGCUUGUCCUCCAGAUGUUUAUGAAAUGAUGUUACAGUGCUGGGAUAAAACACCUGCAGAACGUCCCACAUUUGCUGCGAUAAAAGAAUUUUUGGUGGGUACAUCACCACCUAUAUUGAAAGCCGUGCGACCUUGUUUGGAGGUAAAUCGUUUAGAAAUUUCAGUUGGAGAUAAUGUAGCCAUUAUCGAUGGCCGUCACGAAUUAAAAUUGAUAAAAGGGCAAAAUCAACGGACUUUUAAAAUUGGUAUCUUUCCACGUAAUGUACUCGAGAAGACUAUCAACAGUGAUUUGAUUAGGCCUUUUCAUGAUGGUUUAAAAGCUACAGGAUCCCCGUUUGGAUUUUGUUGGGGUGGCGCUGGUGCUAUGGCGGCUUCUAGCGGUUCGGAUUUUCAGACCGAUCGAGCUCGUAAAACGUCCGUGCAACAUCAAGCCAACCUAACCCAUGCCAAGGAACGCAAAUCGAUUAUUAAUAAACAGUUUGCGUAUAAUAAACUUAUUAAUGAGCGCGGUGGUGUAGAAGUUCAAAAAAACUCGGCUUUGAUUGCCAAAAAUAAUAACUGCAAGAGAAAUAUGGGACCUCAAAGGCCACCGCCACCUCUUGCUCAAGCUCAACAAAGGGAAGGUAUCUUAAUAGAUAUUUCUCCCGAAUUCGGAGGUGCUGGUCCGCCCCCUUUAAUGCCGUCAGACACCACUUUUUGUAUACUGGAUGCUCCGAUUGAAGUGCCUACGGAAGGUGAAGAUUACAGCAUGGAAAAUGACUUAACACCGCAUACGCCUACUCUCAAUACUACUCGACAGUUUGAAUUCAAUACAUCGCCGUCUAAUCGCCCGCAGCCGCCACCCUACCAAAUGCCGCCCACUUAUUCAAAUACUAUGGAAUUUUCGCAGUACCAACAGCGGCCCAAAAGUCAAACACCUCCAAAGGAAGAUCCAUUUGAGACUAGCAAUAGUUCGCUAACUGCAGGAAAUGGUGACAUGCAAACUUUAUACUCGAAUGUUUUGUCCUCUAAACAGUCACAAGAUAGCCCGUUAAGAACCGCUUGUCCACAGAAUGCCAGUACAAAUACUCCGUCAGCGCGUAAAAGUCUCUUUGGUAUCACAUCAGCAAUGGGAGCGUCCAACACUUCGUUGAGCGGCAACAAAGAGAAUAUACCGCAAUUGUCGAUGGAUGUCACGUAUCAAAAGCCUUACGAAACAGCUCGAAAUGUGGCUGAAGACACAGCUCUGCAAAGGAAUCUUAGCAAUCUAAGCUUGGAUAAGCAACAGCAACAACAAUCGCAGAAAAUUAUAAACGGUAGCCAAAGUAAUGAUCAGAACCAGCGAGUUAUGCUUGAUGAAAGUUUCAUAGCAGAGUUGGAGAAAGACAUGUACACUAAUAAAGGCCAAAAUGAUUUAGAAAGGAACUCAACAGCAAUGUAUGCCAACAAGGAAGUAUUAUUUAAAACGGAUCUAACUCCUCUUAAAGGUCGGGAAGCCACUAACUCGCAUUCCUAUCAAUCUAGUCCUUCAUCUAAUCUGCAAGUUUCACCCAAAAUUCAUAACUCGGAAAGGAAUUGUGAUUACGGCAACGUCGAAAUGCAACACAAAAGUAUCGUAAGUUCGAUAUCAUCUUCUGCUAGUACUAAUACGACGCAAAGCGUCGUUAAUAGAAUCUGGUAUGAACAAGUGGGAGCUAGAGAAGAAAUACUUCAAAAGCAGGAAAUAUAUCAGGCUGCACCCGUAACAACCAGCGACACCAAUCACAGCUUUGUGGCUGUUUCCAAUCGAGUUGUGGCCAGCAAACAGCAACAACAGCAUAUUUAUAGCUCGGCAGGUUCUUUAUAUGGUCCUGUGCUAGCUUCCUCUCAAAAUAUGUAUGACAGCGUAGCACCAACACCAUCUACAUUCUAUGAACAGAUUCCUAUUAGUAACAGCCAAAUAUAUGCAAAUGGUGGGAUACCUGUAGCGUUACAAUCCGCUAUCUAUGAUGAAGUUACCGGUGAUGAUUAUCUGAGACCUCAUCGUCCCGCUCCUCUAGCACCACCUCAGCUGUCCACUCAACAAAUACAAAGACGCUUAGAAAAACUAAGGAGGCAACAAGAAGCUCAAAUUGAGGGCAGCAAUACAUUAUACGCCCCUAUACCAUCUGAAUAUGAACGAGAAAAUCAAAAAAUAAAACAAAUAAUGAAUGACUUGGGUCCCAAUGGUGCAGUAGAACAGGAUGUCCGCAACGCUUUACGAGCGGCCAGUGGAGAUGUUAAUCUGGCAAUACGCCACUUUAAAAUUGAUCAAUUGUCUAAACUCGGUGUGGCCGACCGACCUCAGUGUGAGCAGGCUCUACAGAAAACUGGAUGGAGCUUACAGCUUGCAGCGGCUGUUUUGUUGGAGACAACUUCCUAAAGUCCACUAAAAUAUCCCACAGUUCAUUACAUUAUCAUUCCCCCGCGCUAAGUGCUUAUGCCACAAAGUACAAGAAUUAUAUAGAAGAAAAAUUAACUCCAGUUUUAAAAAAAUGUGAUUUCAAGUACAAUUUAAAACAUGACAGAAAUGAAAAUUAUAAAAAAAAUAUUCUAACACAGUCGUAGCCCCUUCACUCAUGAUGACAAAAUUCCUUAAGAAAAUAUGAUGUGAAAGUGCAGUCGCAUUAAAAUAUAUAUUUUUUAUAAACGUUGCUUUGUAUGAACAUAGAUGUCAGUUUUUGCAUACGCGCUUCCUGUGACUUUAUAUUACAUCAUUGUGGCUUUCAUUAACAUUAAUAGACUUUUCUUUUAAUAUUUAAUCAUAACUUAAUUUUUUAAAUAUCCCCUAAAUUUAUUUUUUAACAUAUGUCUGAUGUCUUCAUUUUAAAACUUGAAACCCAAGUUAAAUUUAAAUAAUAAUUAAAAUAGUGUUUGAGCAUGUGAUUUAAUUUCAGUAUAUAUGUAUGAAUGGAAUAAAAGAAUGAACAGAAGAAAAACAAAAA